CUCCCCCCUGUCCAUGUUCCCCUGUCUCCGCUCCCCACCAAAAACGGGACCGCUACGUCGUCCACAGGAAAGGAACGACUGCCCCGAUCCCGUCGUAUCUCAGCCAGCCAUCCUUGUUCAAGCUUCAUGGUUGUGAUCACAACACUCAAACUAUUUGGCUUGAGGAGAUCAUUGGUCCUAUCUCGAUCGUUAAAAACCAGACGCAUGUGUCUGAGGUUUUGAUUGCUCCGUUGAAGGAUUGUCCUCAAUUUCUCCGUCUACCUAACUUCGUUCACAGACAAGGUAAAAAUGCCCUCAUCAGCAAGCGCAUCUCCAAAACGGGCAUUUAUCAAUUACCCGCUCCCCAAGGAAUGUCCCAAUACCGUCUAUAACCAUGAAGUAGACAAAAACCCUCCGCUGCGAGGGUACAGCCUUGCUGUCGCCUCCACUUUAGUCGAAAGAUUCCCGUCGCUGCAAACUUACUUCUGGUCCACCGCCGGCUUCGGCACCGUCAAGGACAUCCGCUACCUUGACGAAGCCCACGCCAGAUCCCUGCAGGGCGCGGUCAUACCUCUGCCAGCAGAGGGCGAUGCCGCCACCGCGCAGAGCGUGGGGGAGCUGACCAGCCCGGCCGCGUACCCAGCCCAGUCGGCGCCGCGCUACCACUCGGCGGCCGACUACCACGCCAUGUACAAGUCCGGCGCCGCGACCCCGCUGCAGGUCGCGAUGGCGCUGCUGCCGUACAUCACGGGCGACAAGGGCGCCGAGCACGCCACGGCCUGGACGGCCUGCAAGCGGGACGAGGUGCUGGCCGAGGCGCGCGCGUCGACCGAGCGCUGGGCUGCGGGCAAGCCCAUAGGCGUGCUGGACGGCGUGCCGUUUGGCGUCAAGUGUGACACGCCCGUCGCGGGCUACGUCAACACGUUUGGCAUCAAGCCGCAGGCUGGGUUGAGCUUCUUCAAAAAGGUGCAGGAGGAGGACUGCUGGCCCGUCAAGAAGAUGCGCGAGGCUGGUGCCGUCAUGGUCGGGAGGCUGAACAUGCACGAGGUCGGGAUGGAUACUACGGGGUGUAACCCCGGCAUCGGCACCCCCACAAACUGGUUCAACAAGUCCUACUACCCAGGCGGCUCGUCCUCUGGUGGCGGGUCGGUCGUCGGCGUGGGCCUGAUUCCCAUAUCCAUCGGUACCGACGCAGGCGGCAGCGUGCGCAUCCCCGCCGCAUUCAACGGCUGCUUUGGGCUCAAGGUGACGCACGACCGCACCAUGGCCAUGAACAGCCUCAUGUGCGUCACGGGCCCGCUGGGCGCCACCACCGCUGACCUGCGCGCCGCCUACCGCGUCAUGGCCCAGCCGAACCCGGACUGCGAGGUCCAGGGCCGGUUCGCGCCCACAUCCUGUCCUCCCACGGCCGACGCCAACACCACCCGACCGAAGCUCCUCGGCAUCUGCAAGGCGUGGGUCGAGCUCGCCAAGCCCGAGGUGAGGGCGUGCUUCGACGCGGCCGUGGCGCACAUGGUCGAGAAGCAAGGCUACACGGUCGUCGACAUCGAGCUGCCAUACCUCCGCGAGGGUCAGGUGGGCCACGCGGCGGCGUGCCUGACCGAGGGGGUGGACCACCAGCGGAUGCGGCACGACCCGGCGGCGGGCGACGGGGGCGGCUGGGUCGACAUGCUGUCGUACCCGUCGCGGGUGCUCCUGUCCAUCGGGCAGCACACGCGGUCCGUCGACUACGUCAAGAUCAUGCAGCUGCGGCAGCUGCUGAUGCGGCACCUCGCCCACCUGUACUCGGAGAAGCACCCGGGCAUGUUGAUCGUGAGCCCGCUCAGCGCCAUACCGGGCUGGCGCAAGCACCCGGCCGACGCGCGCUUCGGCGUCAGCGACGGCAAUGUCACGUUUGAGAACAUGAGGUACAUUUGGCUGUCCAACAUGACGGGCUGCCCGAGCGUCAGCGCGCCCAUGGGCUACGUCGAGCCCAAGGUAGGCGAGGGCAGGGUGCCGGUUGGCAUCAUCGCCAUGGGCGAGUGGGGCGAGGAGGAGAGUCUGCUGGACUGGGCUGCCGACGUCGAGGGCUACCUCAACGGGAUGGAAGGAGGAAGGCCGAGACCGAAGGAGUGGGUUGAUGUGAUCAAGUUGGCCAAGGAGACUGAGAGCGAGGAGCUCGUGCACGACGAUGUCAAGGCUGGAAAGCAAAGACAGCAAAAGUUGUGAUGAGUGUUAUACCGCCGCCACUGAUUUUAGGCUUGUGUUCAUUAAGAUAACUGUAAUGUGCAAAUGUGGACGUUACUGUAAUGAUUUACCCACUGGAAAUGGGACCAGCGAAAUAUAGUACACAGGUAGGGUCUUUGCUAAAAAUCACUAAAUUGGACGCAUAAGUGGUAUCUCA